CUUCAAUGCUAAUGCAAGAGAUUGAACUUGAAAGAGACUUUGAGGAUGCAGAGAUCCUCCUCAGCCAUACAAAAAAGAAGUGGUAGUGAAGCUACUUAAACUCAACUUCUAAAACCAGACAAUAUGGUACCUCUCCCAUGGCUUCAUCAGCUACACCGGCUUCUUUCUCUCUCCUACUAAGGCGCCAAGGUGGCAGCCACCGUGAGCGGUGGCCAGCAAUAAAAGUUGGAACAAGAAAAACAAAUCGCCACCGUUUGUACGUUUUCGCCGCCGCUCAAGGCUCAAACCGACGACAAAGAGCCCCUCCCGGAGUUGAUACAAGAAUUCAUUGGAAGAAUGAAGAUGAAGGGUGGAUUGGAGGGAAUAACUCACAGUCCACACAGGAGCGCCUCAAAUCAGAAGAAGAGCAGAAGAAUCACUUGGGUGAAAAAUUCUCUGAUUUGCUUAACAGUUCAACCGAUUCGCAUUACCAAUUCUUGGGAGUAUCUGCAGAAGCCGAUUUGGAAGAGAUUAAAGCUGCCUACCGGAGGUUAUCCAAAGAGUACCAUCCCGACACAACGUCGCUUCCUCUAAAAGCAGCAUCGGACAAGUUCAUGCAACUCCGAGAAGUUUAUGACAUCUUGAGCGAUGAAGAGAAGCGCAGGUUUUACGACUGGACACUUGCUCAGGAGGCUGCAAGCCGCGAAGCUGAGAAAAUGAGAAUGAAAUUGCGAGAUCCAUACAUGCAAGAUGUGGAGAACUGGGAGUCUGUUCCUGACAUGGUGGAUCGUCUCGGUGGAAGAAACAUGAAGCUAAAUGAUCAAGCAAAGUCAGCUCUCACCUUUGAUAUUUUCAUCAUUGUUUUUGCAAUUUGUUGUAUCGUCUAUGUGAUUGUCUUCAAGGAACCAAAUUACUAAGCAGAUAUAACAUGAUACUCUGUCAAUAUAGGAACUUUCUGUGUUGUAUAGCACAAUCUGGAAUCCUUGCAUAUGCAAGACAUACACAUACUGUAAGAUAAUCCAAUUUUGGUUUUCUUUUUAAACCAAUCUCAUAAGAGCUCAUAUUGCA